AUGCAAGGGACAGCAGCGUCCGUGAACCCGUCCCUGUUCCUGUUGGUUGAAGUCGCCGUGGCUUUCUGUGCUCAAGGCAAGGUGCGGCACCUUGAAGAUGAUGAUCGGACCAAGGUUCAGAGCGCGCCAAAGGCGAUUGCGUACUCGUUGGAUCCGGCCGGGCGGGAAUGGAUUUGGGACCCGGUGCUGCUGCUGCUGCUGCUGUUCUCUACACCGAGAAACAACACGAAAAGCAAUGGAUGA